AUGAAUGGUCACUACUCCUGUAUAGAACACUCCAAUCCCUGCCCUCAGAGGUACCAAGUUAUCCGCACAGUGCAUUUUGAAGACGGCGCCAUUCUGACCGCCAACUACCGCUACACCUACGAGGGAAGCCACAUCAAAGGGGAGUUUCAGGUAAUCGGGGGUGGUUUCCCUGCUGAUGGCCCGGUGAUGACCAAAUCACUGACAGCUAUGGACUGGAGCGUGGCCAAACUGGUGUCCCCUAACGACAACACCGUCCAGAGCACCAUUGACAUGGCAUACACCACUACCAGUGGCAAGCGCUACCAGAGCACUGUGCGCACCAUCCACACCUUCGCCAAGCCGAUGGCCGCCAGCGUCCUGCAGCAGCAGCCGGUGUUCGUGUUCCGUAAGACGGACCUCAAGGCCAACAAGACCGAGAUCACCUUCAAGGAGUGGCAGAAGGCCUUCACCGACGUGAUGUGAGCGUCCAGUGUAUAACAUUUGCUUGAAAACACCCAAAAAAACUUCAUACUGAUUUUCUAUAGAUACUCAAAACUGUACAUGUAGAAUGAAGA